UGCUCUAAUCCCUUCUCCACCAAUUAUCCUUCAUCUCCCACGUGGGACUUCUCCCCUCACCAUACCAUUUCUCUCCUUUCUUCACAACAUAAAAUUUUGAUCCAAUGCACUCUCUCUAUACCUUCUCUAUAUAUCUUGUAAUUCUUAUCAUUGAGCUUCUAUGUUUCAUUAGGAAGAUCAUAUCAGAAUACUGUCAUGGGGGACUCUACUGCUUCUUACAUCCACAUGGUACAUCACCUUAUAGAAAAGUGUUUGAUCUUCAAAAUGAGCAAAGAAGAGUGCAUGGAAGCCCUUUCAAAGCAUGCCAAUAUUCAACCAGUGAUUACUUCAACUGUGUGGAACGAGUUAGAGAAAGAAAACAAAGAAUUUUUCGAGACGUACUCUCAAUCUCGAAGCAAGGAAGAAGAUAGGAUGUCUGAGACAGAAACAAGUGCUAUGAUCCAGAAGAUGAUAUCAGAUCAUGAUCAUAACGAAAAAUAACAAAAUUUCAUCAGAAAAUUAUCUAACAACCUUUGAGUUUUGGUUUUGAUGCGAAGGUUAAUGUUAAUUUUCUUUUGCAUCCAGCCAAACUUAAAGACAAUUAGAGUACUAUAUAUACUAUAUGGUCCCCUACUUUGAAAUUCUAUGGACAUAUUGUACUACGUGGUUCACUAUCAGAAUCAUAUAUUCAUGAAGUUUCCCCAUCAAUUAAAACGUGCCCAUUAAUUGGUAGUUCCUCAAGCAUUGAUCCUUGGCAGCUGUAAUCUGAUGAGUGAUGACAAAUCACUGUUACCACUUCCUUCUGAUAUGAAUGAAACUCCUGUAAAUUAUAAAUAAAUCCAUUCAUGGUUUGUUCGAAAUAUA